AAGUGGCCGAUUACAAUGUACAGGUGACAUGAAUGAGACAGAUUUCUUUUUCUCUCCCACACAAUGCUCGGGUCUCAAUUGAGUCCAAUUCGCACGCUUUGGUUGAAUGGUUCUUCAAAAGAUUUGAUUUUGCUUUUUACAAGUCUUCAACCAGGUCAACUGAAAUUUCUACCUUUUUCUAAAAUUUUAAUAAGCUGCUCAAAUGCAGGACUUGCCUUCUUGUAGUUUUUCUGUGCACAGACCUCUCAAGCAAAGAGAGAAGAAUGGAGCAAAUUGUUCUGGUUUGGAUCUUAGGCUUUCUUUCAUUGAGCCUGACAUUGAUUAAUGGGGUCAGAGCAAUUCCCCAGGAGGCUCAGAUUCUUCUGCAAAUGAAGGAUAAGUUGAAAGAUCCCCACGAUGCAUUGAACAACUGGAAAGAAUCCAUUGAUGCUCCUUGCAAUUGGGAUGGAAUAACCUGUGACAAUCAGACAGGCAUGGUUACUGAGAUCACCUUAGAGAGCAAAUCUCUCAAUGGCUCUCUUGACGCCGUAAUUUGCAGUUUACAGAGCUUGGAGAAGAUCCACUUGCCUUUCACUAACCUGAAUGGGGCUUUGCCUCUGAUGAAGAAUUGCAGCAAGCUUCGGUAUUUGAACCUUACGACAAAUUCUCUGUCUGGGACUCUGCCGGAUUUUAGUCCGCUGAAAUCCUUGCAGGUUCUUGAUUUGACGACCAAUGGGUUCUCUGGUCAAUUUCCCGAGUCUUUGGGAAAUUUACCUGAGCUGAGUUCACUCAACCUUGCUGAAAAUGAUUUUGCUGCAGGGACUAUACCUUUGAAGCUCGCGAGUCUGAAGAAAUUGAGGGAGCUCUAUUUGGCCGACUGUAAUUUGGUGGGAGAAAUCCCGUUUUUUAUCUUUAAUUUCACAGAUCUAGGCCUUCUGGAUCUUUCCGACAACUUCUUGAAUGGUUCUAUUCCAAAGGAGAUUAGCAAUCUGAAGAAGCUUUACCAAUUUUUCCUCUUCGAUAACGAGCUCAGCGGAAGUAUUCCUCCAGAACUAGGCAACCUCACAUUACUGCAGCAAUUUGAUGCAUCGCAGAACAGUCUCACCGGCAGCAUUCCGGAAGAGGUCGGGAAUUUGAAGGAACUUGUGAUCCUUGGGCUGAAGAUAAACAAUCUUUCAGGGCAAAUUCCUGAAAGCAUAGGCGAAUUACCAAACCUGCAAAGCAUGUCUCUUUAUCAGAAUAGUUUGACAGGCCCAUUGCCGCCGAAGCUCGGCAGUUUAUCCAAAUUCAACACAAUGGACGUCUCGCAAAAUCUCCUCAACGGCACGCUGCCUAAGGACAUCUGCAAAGGGGGCAACAUGCAGUAUUUUCUUGCUCUUGAAAAUUUUUUCACGGGAAACUUGCCGCAAUCCUACGGAAGAGAUUGCCAAAGCUUGGUACGCUUCCGAGUCAAUAACAAUAAUCUCAAGGGCAAGGUGCCCGAUGGAAUUUGGGGUCUGCCGCAUGCGAACAUUAUUGAUCUGAGCUCUAAUGAGUUUGUCGGCGGAAUUAGCCCUGAGAUCAGAAAUGCAAAGAAUUUGUCAGAGCUAUUGAUUUACGGCAACAGAUUCUCCGGCAGCUUGGUGCCGGAGAUUGGCAUGGCGGUGCAGUUGUCCAAGAUUGAAGCUCACAAUAAUCGAUUCACUGGUUCCUUACCGAAGGAAAUUGGUAAUUUGAGUCAGCUCAAUGCUUUGUAUUUGCAGGAAAAUAUGCUGGAAGGUUCAAUUCCUGCAGAAAUUGGUCUUUGUGACUCUUUAUCCGUCAUUAACCUUGCCGGAAAUCGCUUUGAAGGUUCGAUUCCGGCGACUCUGGGAUCCAUUCAAAGCCUGAAUUCUCUGAAUCUUUCCAAUAACGAGCUCUCCGGUUCGAUUCCCGCAAGCCUCGGUUUGUUGAUGCUAAGUUUGAUUGAUUUCUCCAAUAAUCGGUUAGUCGGCCGUGUUCCGAAUUCGCUUCUCAGAGUGGGAGACUGGCAGAAAUUUUCUGGCAAUCCAGGCCUCUGCGCUGAAAACUCCGGAAGGAGUGAUUUUCUGAGAGUCUGUUCUGUUUCUAAAGCCAAACAGGAAGCGAAAAGAGUUGAAUUACUGGCCGGUUUCAUUGUCGGUUUAGCCAUGUCAAUACUUGUGAUUGGGCUCCUGCUUACUUGCCGGUAUCUUCGUAACCAGACAGACUUGAAGGCAGAAAGGUUGUCAUGGACUGUCAAGGCUUUUCAUAAUUUGAGCUUCGAUGCCGAGGAGAUCUCCAGCGUUUUAUUGCGGAAAGAAAAUAUUAUCGGAACCGGCGCUUCAAGUACGGUAUAUCGCGUGGAUCUACCGAACAACGAAGUUGUAGCAGUGAAGCAGUUUUGGACGAGCAACAAAAUGGAGGACGAUGCAAGCAAACUUGAGAAUUGUCAUCAUGCUAAGCAGAAUGUCUUCAGAGAACAUGAAAAUAGACUGGCCAAGGCAGAGGUCGAAACUCUUGGAACAAUUCGGCACAAGAAUAUUGUGAAGCUUUACUGUUACCUGUCAAACAGCGACUCAAGUCUUCUGGUUUAUGAGUACAUGCCCAAGGGCAACUUACUUGAUGCUUUGCACAGCAGUGGCGACGGAAGAGGAGGUCAUCCUUUGGAUUGGCCUGCGAGGUACAAGAUUGCAUUAGGUACAGCUAAGGGAUUAGCUUACCUUCAUCACGAUUGCUCCCCUGCAAUUGUUCACAGAGACGUGAAGACUACAAAUAUCCUGCUGGACAAUUUUUACGAAGCAAAGGUUGCUGAUUUUGGCGUUUCAAAGGUUCUCCAAGCUAGCAGCAAAGGAGGCAAUACCGGAACAGCCUUCGUAGGCACUCACGGCUACAUUGCUCCUGAAUAUGCAUACUCUCUGAAGGUGACAGAGAAAAGCGAUGUGUACAGUUUCGGUGUGGUUCUGCUGGAGCUAAUAACUGGAAAGCGGUCAAUCGAACCAGAAUAUGGCGAGAACAGAGACAUCGUAGACUGGAUAAGUUGCAAGAUUUCUAGCAAGGAAUCUGCAGUGGAUGUGCUUGACUCCAAGAUUUCCAUGUCAUUUGAGAUGGAAAUGAUAAAGGUGUUGCGAAUUGCAAUAAGCUGCGUUCUGAAACUGCCUAGUUUGCGGCCCACUAUGAGAGAAGUAGUGCAAAUGUUGGUGGAUGCGGAUCCUUGCUCUACUAGCAAUUCGAACACAGGCUUGAAGCAGGAAAAGGAUUCAAAGCAUGUUGAGUCUUACAUUUGAUAUCUCUGAAUUGUAUGUCAGUGAUGACAUUCGCAAAAGCCCUCACUGUAGUUGUUAAAAGGUAACGGUGGAUAAAGCGAACCAGAAAGGCAAUAGUUGCGGAUCAUUUUCUUUUAACACGAAAACAAUGAAAGCAAUUGUUUUCAUGUUUGUGUAUUGAAUCUUUUGGUCCGCUCUACAGAUUUUUUUUUGACUCUAAGAAAUAAAAAAAGCUCUAUAAAUAGAAUUUUUCGUUCAA